AUGCCUUGCGGUGUCCCAGUUCCAACGCGAUGUAUUUACCAGCAGGAGUAAUGAACCGGGGGGAGAGGAGAGGGGCAUUUUCCGCAGCUUGCGGCUGAGACCGCAGAGGACUAGCGCCCGGAGAGGAGGCACGCAAACUUUGCGGACGGCGGCUUUUUAAACGUCCUCCGUCCGUUUUCCGAGCAGCGGUCAGCUGCUAUUCCGAUUUGGAACCGCGACUUUGUUGCAGUUCGCUUGAAGUGAUCUAUUGAGCAAAUGGUGAGGGAGGGAGAAAAUAGCGGAUUUCACGCUUGUUUUUUUGUUUUUCUUUACCUGUGUUUUCUUUGCGAACUUCCACCCGGAGGGGGAGCGCGGGGCGCAGCGUAAAGUGAAUUAGCCAGAGGGUUUCCAGCCACCCGGCAUCACUGCAGUCUUCAAAAACGAUGAGGCCAACCCACCACAACUGGCCCCCUCACUUCUGACCCAAAAUGGAGCUCAAAGUCUGGGUGGACGGAGUCCAGAGAGUUGUGUGUGGGGUCACAGAAGCAACCACCUGCCAGGAAGUAGUGAUUGCUUUGGCGCAGGCCAUAGGUCGAACGGGGAGGUACACUCUUGUAGAAAAAUGGCGGGACACAGAGCGUCACCUCGCACCUCAUGAGAGCCCUGUGGCCUCUCUGAACACCUGGGGUCAGUACGCCGGCGAUGUCCAGCUGAUCCUGCUCCGCACAGGCCCAUCUCUGACGGAGCGCCCCCCCUCAGAGGGCCCUCCGCUCAGGGGGCCCGAACGCGGGCUCCAUCGUCAGAGUCUCCCUCCGCUCGCAAAGCUCCGUCACCCCAACGAUCGCUCCCUCCGCCGGCGCGAGCCCCGCCGCAAGUCUCUCACCUUCACGGGGACGCCCAGAAGCCUCCGGGACAUCCUGAGCGGGGGCCGGCUCGGCGAGGCCGAGGGAAAGAGGAGACUCCUGAUGGGAAAUGGCGGAAACUUCCACCAUGCAGGAUUGUACGGGGGCACGGCUUCCCCUGGCCUCUGGGCCUGUCGCAUGGAGGACCUGGUCCGACUGGUGAGCCUACAGAGAGAGACUCUGAACGUGCUGGAGCAGAGGCUGGAGGCCUACGAGGCCGAGCUCCAAGCCUUGGCUGAAAGUCGCGGGGGCCGAGGGGCCGGAUGCACUGUGGGACUGGGCGGAGGGGCGCUGUUAAUGGAGGAGAUCCUGAAGUUGGAGAAGCACCUGAAGAAAAAUGAGGUGGAAAUGGAGGAGGAAGAAUUCUGGGCCACCGAAUUGCAGAUUGAGCUGGAGAGCGAGAGACAGCUGGAGGAAAGGCUGCAAGAGCUGCGGGGACGUCUGCAGGGCUGCGAGCUGGAGAUCAAAGAAAAGCUGGCCAUGGUACAGGGUGUGGAAGCAGGCCUGGAAGAGGAGAAGCUGCUCAGAGAACGGCAGGAGACGCAGUGGGUCAGUGAGGCCGAGGCUCGGACUCGUGUCCUCAGGGUCAAGACAGAGUUGAAAGCCCAAGAGAGACAGGCUGUCCAGCUGGAGAGCAGCUGCCGGGCUGUGGACAGAUCCCUUGGUCAAAGCAGCAAGAAACUGCAGCCGCUGCUGUGGGUUUAUUGUAACUUCAAAGCCAUCAUUUCCCCUCUGGUUUGUUUAAAGGACAUGCAGCACGAGCUGGAGCUGCUCACCAAGGAGCUGAGGCAGGUUAACCUGCAGCAGUUCAUCAAGCAGACCGGAACCAAAGUCACAGUGCUGCCAGCCGAGCCCACCGAGGACGAGGCCCCCAGCAACAGCCACAGCAUAGAUUUAGUUCCACUUACAGGCUCCCUGAAGCGUCCGGUUUCGUCUCACGCGAUCUCCAGCCACCUCCGUGUCCUCCACAGCCCCCUCAGCUCCGGACUCAACCCAGAGGGGAUCUACGUGUGAGCCCUCAGUGUGUACGGACAGCCCGUCUCCAUGGCACAUGACUAUGCAUUUAUUCUUCCUUUUAUUACCUGAAAGCUACUUUUGGUGUGAAGAAACAAUCUCUGAAUGAAAGUUAAAGAGCACUUGUUGGACAUGAGUAAAAGAAACUAGAAGGUUUCUAAGAAACCCAGCAACACCUCCAUGUCCCAUGGUGCACAGUCUCUGAACACUUUACUCUCUUAAAUGUCUGGUUGUUGUGGACUUCCUAUGUAAACAUAUCCACUAGUUGUACUUUGACCCUCACUUUAGUACCUGCUGUAUGAUUAAUUUAGUUCUCCUCUUAGCAUCUUGAUCAGAAACCUGUUGCUUUCUGGACGGUAUUCACAAGAAUAGUAUGUGACUCUGUGUUAUUUGUCCACUAGCGUGACUGGUUCUUAUAAUAAUGAAGGAUUCAGUUUUAUCUGUAGUAAAACUGUGAACCAUCUCUUACUGUGCUCUGUUUGUUGAAGUUAAAACUAUGCACAAAUGGUUAAUGGUUUUGUUACCGAAGAAUGUUUAUGUCUGUCCUUACCAAAAUGAUAGCUUACUGUAAAUGUUUUAUUACUUUUCAGCUUUUCUUAUCCAGCUGGUAUAUUUCACGACAAAGUGGUGCAUAUGCAGUUAAGACGCAGCCUCUGACUCCAGCAGUAAAGCUGCAUAUUUAAACAGUGUUCUUAUCCUCUUAAGCAGAUAUUUUUUUGUUGUUUUUAUGACUACACAGUAUAUAUUUUUGAAUGUAUUAUGCUUGUUUUUAUCCUAAAUAUGACAUGGCCAAAGAUUAGCGGGUCUUGUUGCAUGAUUGUGUGGGCCAUAUAUGAAUGUGCAGAGAACCCGUGGUGCAGCAGAUCGGCUGAUCUAAACGUGGCGGCAUGUAACCUUCCGGCGAAUGGCCACAGAUACGAUGUGGAUCGGAGCACGAGCCGGUGAUGAAAGAGGCUCGGGUGCGUUUGUCCGCAUGUUUAUCAGAAAUGUCUGCAAGUCGGUGAGUUUAGAGUUUCCUGUGUGUGUCAAGCCAGAACAGCCAAGUUAUGAAGCCAGUCUUAGGUUGUAGUUCAGCUGCUAAACACAUCAAAGUGCCUUAUGUUCAUUCCACGAUGGCGUGUUCAAAUAAUGUAGACUGAAGUUUUUAGUGGGGGUGGUUGAAGGAGUGAUCAGUGAGUUAAGAUCACGUGUCCAUAGAUUUUAGUUUUUCUGCAACAAAUGUUAAAAGCACGACAAUGAAGAAAAAUCCUUUUUCUGUCUGUUUUGUAGAAAUGUCAAAUGAUUGAAUACACUUAGUACUUUGUAUUUGCCUCUGUGUUGUUACCAUAAUACUAUGUCUUGUACUAACAUUUAAUUAGUUUUUAUUUUUUAUUCCUCCUUGUCAUGCAACAGAUGUGUCCUGUAGUUUCAACCUGUACUGUCACAUAGUUGUGGUCACUGUUUACAACUGCAUAUCUAGACAACUCUGAGAUGUCAACUGUACAUAACCUGUUUUUUUAUUUUCCCUGCCUUAAUAUACUGCAACGUGUUGAUGGGUGUGUAUGGUUGUAACAGGCUGCUGAUAUGAUAUGGAUUGCAUGGUUCAAUAAAGAAAAUGAUCAAAUUUGA